AUGAUUCUUCGAUUAGUGUGGAUAGUACCAUUUGUCCUGUCACAGUAUAAUUUUGGCCAGAAUAUACCAAAUGGAGCCAAUCCAUCGUAUCCUGCUGACCAUGGCAUGUCUAGAGGUGUCGUCAAGCAAAUUCUCACUCCGUACAACAUCUCUUUGAACGUAAGAGCUUCUCCAACCCUUUUUUUCAGCAACAAUGGAGUGACGAUCCAGUUCCAACUUCGAGGCUAUUCCAACCCGCAAUCAGCACUGCCCAAUGGUUGGACGUGCGUAUGUCCGUCUGGCUACAACUGCAAUUACCUCAAGAGUCCACCCACAUGCUAUUUCGGCUUCACAUUCAUCAUCUCAGCUCCAGACACUUCUGUGCGUCAUCUCGCAACCGAUUUCAUCACGCUGGACACCAACGGUCAGUUGCCAAGUGCGCAACGAAACGGAUGGGAUCAGAACUAUAUAGUACAAUUACCAAGCAAACCAUCAGCAAUCGACAUCUUUGUUCACCAUCUGGGUGCGGUGAUCAAUCAGGCUGACGGUUCGUUGGUCUCCGUGGACACGCUGACACACGUCGACACCUUCGUCGUGCCGCUCUCGGAUGCCCUACCAGCCGUCGGUGGCGUGCAGAGUAUGAGCCAGCAACACGCCUACCAAGGAAAAUUGCUGGGAACAACGCUCUACCUAUCGUAUUCUAUUUCGUGCACCGGUUCACUGAUCGGACCUAACUGCGAUCUCACUUGCUCGCAGUCGCCAAUCAGUCUUAACACAGCGUCUUGUCGUUCAAAUGCCACCGGAUUUUUCUACGUUUGCAUCUUUCAAUCUGGAGGACAGGUGGAUAACUGCAAAAGCUGUCCAUGGGGUAUAAAGGAGAGCACCUACUGUCAGGACGAGGAAGGCGGCGUUCUUGACCCAUACCAUGCAGGAGUAGUGGACAAUGGCUACCGUACAGCUACCAUUGUCCUCUCAAUUAUCUCUAUGAUCUUCUUCAUACUUUUUAUAUUGGCACUAGUUACCGUCUGCAUACUGUAA